CAGUACAGUCAGCGUGCGUCCACUUCCACAGCAGCUGGAACUUAGUCUGACCCUCGGUGUCCACCAUGCAGGGACGGACGCUCCUCAGGACAGUGCUGGUGCUCUGGAUGGCCAGACUGACACUCCAAGGGGGAACAGGUUUUGGUCUUGGUCCACAGGCUGCUAAUGCUUACCCACCAAACUUCAAAGGACAAGGUUACGGUGCUGCACAACCCAGUGGACCUGGUGGUAAGCCCAAUGGUUCUGACAAAAUGCUUCUGAAAGGAUACGGUGCUGCAUCUGCUGCCCUCAGAAAUGGAGCAAAACCCAAUGGUUAUGGACCACCACCCAAUGGAAACAUCAAUGGUGCACGUGCUCCUCCAGCUGCCGUCAAAGGAAAUGGAGGUUAUGGUGCUGCACUUGGAGCAUCGAACGGACAGGCUGCCAAACCUAAUGGUGGCUUUGGAUCCAAGCCAAGUCAGCCAGGAUAUGGAGUAGGACAGCCCGCUUAUGGUGGAAUUGGAAUUGGCAUGGUGCCCCAGCAGGCUGCUAAACACAGAGGAGGUUUUGGGAAUGGCAAUGGACAAGGUUACAAAGGUCAAUCCUUCGGUGGUUCCAGACAAGGUCCGGGUGCCUAUGCACAAGCUGGAGCUGGACUGGGUGGAGGAUAUUCAAAUGGAGCUAAAGCUGCUAAGCCUGGUUUUGGUGCUGGUUCUGCACUUCAGAGUGGGCAAGGAGCCAAAACCAAAGGUUAUGGUGCAGGGGCUGGUUCUCCAAAUAGCCAGGGGGCUAAACCUGCAGGAUAUGGUGGCUAUCCUAAUGGAGGAAACUUUAAGGGACCUAAAGCAGGUUACGGUGGUGUGUCCCCCAGUUAUGGAGCCAGACCCAAUGGAUAUGGAGCGUACCCCAACGGGGGCGCUAAAGGACCCAAACCAGGAUAUGGAGCCUAUCCUAGUGGAGGCACUAAGGGACCUAAACCAGGUUAUGGUGCUGUUGCUGGAGCUGGAGCAAACAAUGGACAAGGAGCCAAGCCUAACGGAUAUGGAACAUAUCCCAGUGGAGGCGCUAAAGGACCUAAACCAGGUUAUGGUGCUGUUGCUGGAGCUGGAGCAAACAAUGGACAAGGAUCCAAGCCUAACGGAUUUGGAACUUAUCCCAGUGGAGGCACUAAAGGACCUAAACCAGGUUAUGGUGCUAUCGCAGGAACAGGAGCAAACAAUGGACAAGGAGUAAAUCCUAAUGGAUUUGGAACAUAUCCCAGUGGAGGCGCUAAAGGACCCAAACCAGGUUAUGGUGCCAUUGCAGGAACAGGAGCAAACAAUGGACAAGGAGCCAAUCCUAAUGGAUAUGGGGGCACUAAAGGACCUAAACCAGGUUAUGGUGCUAUUGCUGGAGCUGGAGCAAUCAAUGGACAAGGAGCUAAGCCUAACGGAUAUGGAACGUAUCCCAGUGGGGGCGCUAAAGGACCCAAACCAGGUUACGGUGCUGCUGCUGGAGCUGGAGCUCUUGGUGGACAAGAAGCCAAGCCUAAUGGAUAUAACCCAAAUCUGAAGGGCUAUAAAGAUGCCAGUCUUGGACCUGAGGCACCAAGAGUUCCAGCAGUGCCAUCCUACACCAAGGGAGUUGUACCGCCAGCUGAACCUGAGCCUACCAGAGGUGUACCUAGAGCACCAGAACCUACUAUUGGAGUUCUGUCGCUGUUAGCAGGUGGGAAGGGUCAAAAACCUUUGGUGCAUCCCCAAGCUCCCUUAAUUCCACAAGGCAAAGGUCCAAAACCAGUAGCCCCACAGCUGUCUCAGGUGCUUUCCCAGAGUAAAGGUCCCAAACCAUCACUUCCUGUAUCUGUUCUUCCACAAGCACAGGCUACCAUAACACCUGAGCAUGUAGCCGGUGUUCUUCAGGGAAGUGCUCUUAGACCUGCACAGGCAGCUCCACUGCUCCCAUAUAUUCCACAAGGGAAAGCACCAAAACCCAUUGCACAGGUUCCACAGGUUCCAGCUUCACCACAACAAGCUGUUUCACAAGUUGAAGCCCAAAGACCCUUCUACCCUGCACCGGUUCCCCAGCCUUCACAAACCAAAGGUCUACAGCAUGUAGGAGCAGAGUCUCUCGGUCCACAGUCUGCACCUGAGCCCACUCGCUUCCCGUCUCAGCUGAAGGGUCCUAAAGCAACAAAUGCUGAGCUCGCAGGGCUCGGGCAACCUAAUGGGCAGGGGGCUAAACCAGCGAAGCCGGACUGUGGCCCUGGUGGAGUGUCUGGACAAUGGACUAAGCUGCCCAGUCCUGGUAUUGGACCUGGAGCAUGGUACCCCAACAAUGGAGGAGCCAAGGCCUCUAAAUCAGGUCUUGGAGGAUAUGGGGCGAAACCCAACCAGCCAGGCUAUAAUAAUGGUCAGGGGAUUCUCCCGGCCACUGGUUAUGGAUAUGGGAACGGUCCAGCCAGCUUCGGUGAGGCUGUUAAAGGAAAUCCCGGCAAUGGAUAUCUUCCUGCAGCUGGAGGAACAGGACAACUACCAUACAACGGAGCACCGAUUGUUCCUGCUGGAAUGGACGGAACAGGUCAGAUCCAACCACAGACUGCUGAACUCGGACACGAGGCAAAAUCUGCUGGUGCUUACGGAACUGGUCAGAUCCAGCCACAGACCGCUGAACUCGGGCCUGAGGCCAAAUCUGCAGGUGCUUAUGGCGGGCCUUAUGGUGCUCAGCCAAUGGGAGUGGGCUCCAAGGCAAAAUCUCAAAUGAAAUAUGGUAUUGGUGGUCUUCCUUUUGCUGGCUCUCCUAUGGGAUACGGCUCUGACCCCUAUGGAAAAUACGGUAAUCCCUACGCAGCUCAGCCCUAUGGAGGAAGUUACGGAGCACCAUACAACCCCAAGCCUCUGGGACUGGGUUCUGAUCCCAGAUCUGCCAGCAAAUACGGGUAUGGAGGAUCACCGUAUGGUGGGCAGCCACUCGGGUAUGGUGCAAAGGAUAAAUCUUCUAAAUCUGGAUCUGUGCUGGGAUUGGGAGGGCUGCCUUAUGGAACACAGCCACUUACUGUGGGUCCUGAUGCUGGGAAGUCUGGAAAAUACGGCCAACCUGCUGCGGCUUAUGCUCCAGAAUCCGUUAGCUAUGGUGGUGAUGGUAAAUUUGCUGGGAAAUAUGGCAAACCGGCACUCCCCUUCAACUCUGGAAUAGCUGGUCCAGUGACAGAUGGUCAGUCUGUGGAGCAGCCUGCGCUGCCUUACGAAGCUCUGCCCGGACCUGAGAUAGAUGGCAUGAAGUCUGUAGACCAGUUUGGUGAAGGAGAGAUCCCCCCUCAGCCUGACGCUGCCCUCAUACAAGGAUCCACAGGAACAGGCAGUUACCUUGGUGGAGGACUCCAACCAGAGGCUGUCUCUUUCUCUGCUCCUGUUACUGCUGGCCCGCCCCCUGUCUCAGCUGGCUCCACGCCCCUCCCCCUGGACACGGCUGUCCUGCCUGAAGCUGGCCCUUCUGCUCUAGCCCCCCUUCAGGCUGAACCACACAGUGCCCAGCUUCCAUCUCUCACGCUGCAGCCGGCCACACCCCAGCAGAUCCACAUUCAGCAGCAGCUCAAAGUCCACCUUCAUACACAGGGCAAGUCAUGGACAGGUGGAACGGAAGGCAAAUAUGGUCUUAAAGGAUUCCUUGGGAAUGGAUAUCAAGGAUGAUAAAGAACGAUGAUCGCAUUGAGGAGAUGUGUAUCUUAUAAUUUUUUACUCUGUUAAUGUUUGUAGUACUUUUUGUAUAUUUAUCAUAUUAUGAAUUUUUUGACACAUUUAAAAAAUCCUCACCCAAAAUUUCCUAUAUCCUAUAAAGGUUUAUGUGUAAAUGUAUGAUUUGUUUAAAAAGUAAAUGCCUCCAUUCUGGAAUAAGAUGCAUAUACUGUAUAAUAUUAAUAGCAUAAACAUUUUUUAUAUAAAUGUGCAUAAUUUCUUUGACUGAAUCUCUCAAUUUGUUUCAGAAUCAGUAUUUUUGUGCUCUGUGAUCACCUGAAACUGUUGGUUGUGCCUUCCUGGCUCUACAUGUUCGCUCUCUUUUUGUGUUCUGUUAUGUAACUCAGAUCAGGAUAAUUUAUUUAGCAUGGAAAAAAAAUCUUUGUUUGUCUGACUGUUUGAUUUAUUUUUAAUAAAAAUGGGGAGGUAUCCUGAAUCUU